AUGGAUUUUCAACGAGAUAGAUCAGUUCACAUUCUAACUCAAACUGUAUCAGUUCUUGAGUAUGUAGAUCCAAAGGGGGAUGUCAAUUAUCCAUUGGAUUGGUUUGCCAAGAAUCCAGGGAUGAAGCCUACAGCCAUUGUUCCUAGUUAUAGAGGCUCUAGAGAAGAUCUGAUUAAUUCAGUUAAAGGAGGGAUAAGAGGUUCAACAUUGACUAUUCAGACUGUAAAGAUAUUUCUGCAUAGGUUUGGUGAAACAAUGUCUGAAAAUGUGACAAAGGAGUGGAUAUCCUUUGGAGAAGAAAUAGGUCUCCCUGGAGACGAAGUCACUCCUUGGUCAAUCGUCACGAUCACCGAAGGGCCAGUCCAUGCUCCUAGAGAGCCAAUGUAUAGACCAGUCCAAGCAGGACAAAUUACUGGACCAGAUGAUCCUCAAAACUGGACUGAGUUAUCUAUGGCAUUGUUCAUCGUCUGCAUCUAUCGCUUGGCUAGAUUGUCAAAUGAUGAGUAUGCAGAUUUGUUGCAGAAGAGGAUGGAUGAUCAGGUUAGAGCCGAAGGAGGACGAGGCAUAUCCUUUCACGGAGCGAGAAACAUAUAUUCAAGUUGGCUGAGCGAUCUUCAUUUUGUGAAGAUGGUCGCAGCUAUGGACAUGUUUCUCUACCGGUUCAAUAAUCAUGCAGCUGCAAUACUUCGAAUGGGGACACUGGGAAGCCGAUUCAGAGACUGCGCAGGACUACUAUCAUUCGGAUAUGCUAUGAACAUACUGAAUGUG